GUUAAUCAAAAGUGAAAUUAGUAGUGUAAAGUGAUAUAGAAAGUGAAAGAAAAAUAAUAGUCUACAAAUAAUUUGAAAAAGUUAGAUAGAAAAUAUAGCGAAAUAUACCCCUGGAAAAAAGGGUAUAGUCUGAGAGUGGUUGGCGCGGUGCCUCUCGCGUGACCCGGAAGGUAGCCAGCAGGGGAAAAAAAUGUAUAUUUGAUCUGGUGGGCGUGAAGAAAGGUGAGAUCCUCCGGUGGGCGCAGAGGCAACUGAAGGACCUCGUAAACCUUAAACUUUUGGUUACUGGACGUUGAGGGGGGGUUGUUUUGCCUGGACGUGGGACACCCAAGAGUUGUGACCGACCAUGUGGCACCAACCCCAGCAGCGGACUGGCACUCUGGAGCACCGCUACAAUAGUGUGUUGCGGGAGCUGGAGGGGAAGAAGCCACAGUUGGACGAGCUGGUGGCCUCUGCUGACAGUCUCAAGGAUGACGCCUCCCGCACACAGCUGCAUCAAAAGGCUUCCGAGGGUGACGCAGCCGUGUACAAAUUCCCGACCCAUUCUCGCCUCUUCGACCAUCUGCGGACUUGUUUCAAAGUGUCCAAGCUUCGGGAACACUGGGAUGAGACCAACAGUGUGGUGUUGGCCCGCAAGACACAGCUGGAUGCCAUGUACACCGACACCCACAAGUUUGAUGCCAAGCGGGCUGAGCUGGAGUCGUGGCUGGCCAGGAUGGAGGCCAGGCUGGAAAGGAUGGCCCCCGUGGCCCGCACAGCUGAUGUCCUCGACCAGCAGAUCCGCGAGCAAAAGGGAUUCCACGCUGAGAUCCACCAGUACAAGCACCAAGUGGAGCUGUUUAACCAAAUGACACAGCGCCUGAUAGCCAUCUACCAGCACGACGACACCCGCAGGCUCAAGAAAAUCACUGAGUCGAUCAACCUACGUUACAGCAGCCUCAACUCUAGCAUCAUCGCCCGGGGCAAGGAGCUUCACUCAGCCAUGAACUCGCUCCACAACUUCGACAAAGCCCUGGACAAGUUCGCCUCGUGGAUGAGCGAUGCUGAGUCCAACAUCGACCUGGUGGAGCUGGAGGUGGACAAGCUGGGACCAUCAAGACGAGACCCCCAGGCCAGAGCUCCCGCCAUGCAUCUUAAGGCUGCCAACUGCUCCGUGCUGCUUUAG